AUGGUUAGAGGGACAAUAUACGCAUUGCAAUCUUUAAGAGACACGGGGUUUGCUAGCAUUUUGCCAAAGGAUUUUUAUAUUGGUUCUAGAAACCGUACGACCACAAAGACCAAUAGAUUUCACUUUGAGGUUGAAAUCUUCAACACGGUGGUGGAUAUGCAACUGACUGAAUAUCGAGAUCGAUUUAGUGAAACAAGCACCCAGUUACUAGAAUACAUGGGUGCUUUGAGCCCUUGUGAUUCAUUUUCACAAUUUCACAAAUCAAAGUUGUUGAAGUUGGCUAAGUUGUACAAGUAUGACUUUGAUGAUUCGGAUUUGAUAGAUCUUGAAGGACAACUUGAGAUAUUUUACCACUCUUCCAUCAAAGAUGAGCAUUUUACCACUUUGAAAGGAAUUUCUGAGCUUUCUCGUUUAAUGGUUAGUAUGAGGAAACAUCGGUCUUAUCCUUUGGUUUAUAAGCUUUUAAAGUUGGCUUUGAUAUUACCCGUAGCAACCGCUAGUAUAGAAAGAUGUUUUUCAAAGAUGAAGCUCUUGAAGACCGACUUGUGCAACAAGAUUGGCGAUGAGUUUUUGAAUGAUGCGUUGCUUUGCUAUGUUGAGACCGAAGCACUUGUGAAAGUUGAGAAUGAAAAGGUAAUGGAACAGUUUCAAAAGAUGUCCGCACGAAGAGGACAAAUUUAA